UUGUCCUCUGCUAGAAGACCACAGAGCAUGUGGCAGCCCUACAUUCCUCAUUGUGUGUCCAAGCUCUCCCAUUGGCUCCAAACUGUGAGAAACUCCAACAAGCCCAAGACCCACACAUUCAUAUGGAGAUUUGGGAGUAUAAAUAGAGGAGAUGCAGCCAGUACAAAUCACACUCACUUUACACAGAGAGAUCUACAGCACAGAGACACAGCCAUGGCACCAACCAUCACUUCAGCAAUGACCAUCUCAAACGAGCACCUGCCUCUGAACAACAAGCUGAGGAAGCUGAUGGUGGAGAAGAUGCGCAGAGAUCGUAUCAACAGCAGCAUUGAGCAGCUGAAGUCUCUCCUGGCUCCAGAGUUCCUCAACCAGGAACCUGACUCCAAGCUGGAGAAAGCAGAUAUCCUGGAGAUGACAGUCAGCUUCCUGAGACGAAAGCAGCAGCAGCAGUCUGCAUUCUCCUCCAGCUCAGCAGCUGUCAAUCAAGGCUUCUCCAGAUGUGUCCAUGAGGUUGUCCACUUCCUGUCCAAAGAAGAGGUGAAGACACAGAGCCAGAAAAAACUGCUGAACCACUUCCAGAACCUGCAGCCAUCUUCAGAUGAGAACAGGAGGGAAAGUGUUCUGCCUCAGCUGAGCUCUACAGAGCAGCAGAUCAUCAGCAAAGAGAAGAGUUCAGUUAAGAGCUCCCUCUGGAGGCCCUGGUAGAGUCUAGAGGUCAUUAUUAGACUCUGUAUAGAAUUAAGGGUAGAAAAAUAAGCAUCAUCCUCUUAUGGGGAGAAUUUAUUACUGAAAAAUAGUAUGACUUAUGGAUUCUGGACCACAGACCUUCAGGAUUCAUAUUUUCCUUCUGAGAAGGAGUGUAAGGACAUUGUCUGAGAUAGCAGACCAUUUUACUGGAUACCAUGAUUAUCAGCCUAUAGACCUGAAAGUCUGAUAUCUAACAUGUUUCAUACUGAAAACUAGAAAUUGUCAUUAAGUAUUUAAAUUACUCUGUUUGUAUUAGACAUUUUAUGCAUCCUCUGUGUGGAUGUGUUUAUUAAUCAUUGGUUAAAAUUCAUACUGAAUAUUUGUGCAUUUCCUUUGAUUCCUAAAGAUGUUCUCAUAUUGAGAAAGAUUUUGAUCAGAUGAAUAGAUUUUGUAAAUGUAUGAAUUUGUCUUUUGUAAAGACCUCUUUAACUUGUUAUAUUAUACUCUGUCUCACAGAAUUCUUCAAGCAACUGUUAUGAUAUAUUAUCACUAAUAUAAAAAGAAAUAUAGUAUAAAGAAAUAAAAUGUUGAUUUUAGCAUAUUUCAUGGUCACUUUCUACUUCCUCAGCAAGCCAUUACAUUAAAUACAACUUCUGUAAUAAAGAUCACAUGCACUUUUUUAUGAAUAUUAUCUUUUACUUGUAAAAUUUGAUAUUUUGGCAUGAGAUUUAUCUUUUCUCUUCUCUCUCAUUCCAAUACUCAAGGAUUCUUUGACAGCUAAGGCUUUUUAAACUCACACUCACUGACAAAGACAAGACAUGAGAUACAUAUGUUUCAUGUGAAGCACUGAACUUCCUAAUCAACAUAAGAGUGCAAAAUACACUGCACAUAGCCAAAGUUCAAUAAGUAAGGAAAUAAAACAUGAGGAGACAUGCUAUUAUAGGAGGUUAAUCAAUGACCAUCCCAAAUUUGAUUAUUUUCCUUUAACGGCACAUCCUUAAGUGUUUUAGUUCUCUUAUACCACAGGACUUCCUGUUAUCACUUAUGUUAGAGCAGUGUUAUAAACAAGCAUUCCCUCACCAGUAUAUCAUUUUUCUUUCUCUUGAAGUUAAUAAAUUAACAAAAAAUAGUAGUUUUUCAUGGUACCAAGAAACCAGAAAACAAACUCCUCUGUACUGAAAACUUUCCCAUGAUGGAAAAUCCUGUUACAAAGCACUGACACUGGAGACUCCUUCACUAAAUGUUAAAUAAACAUCUCCUUAAACAAAGCUUCACCAUGUCAAUAAUGAUGUGGUUUUCUUUGUUAAAUAUAACCAUCCAUACCUAUAGAAGUCUCUCUGGAUUAGCCAUUACUAUAGAAACAAUAAAAUAUAAGAAAGAGCAUAUUGAUAUAA